UUUGGUCUUUAUGAGCGGAUGAGAAUAAAUUCUUUGUAUAAACUAAUUCACCGAAUGUUGAAUUGUCAAUACCGGCCUAGGUGAUAUAAGUGCUUUCCGAUAUGGAAUUUAUCUAUCACUCCAAAUCUAGGAGUACUUUAACAUUUCAUAAGUGGCUUGAAUUGAAUAUUUGGGUAAAAUAACAAUCGACAUUGACGAUUAUUUUUCAGUUUUAUUGCAAUAAACAAAACGACAAAACUUCAAUUUCCAUGUAAGGAUUAUAUCUUUUUAAGAUAAAACUUCAAUUUCCAUGUAAGGAUUAUAUCUUUUUAAGCAUACACUGCAAGCGGGAUCUAACUCGCAAACGUUUGCCGUAAACCCCUUCACUGCACGCACGGCAGGAUGAGUGACAAGGAGACGUCCAAACCGGAAGUUAAAUGCACUGCACCAGUUAAGCAGCCAGCGUGUGAAGAAAAGGGAGACUCACAGGACAGUGGCGGAAGUACGAUGCCGCUGAUAGCCAAGAGCGUCCCCGACACACCGCCCGUCAUCCGGUUUCCAUGCUGUCCGAGACCGUUCAGUAGUAUCGAGAUGAAGUCACUGAGCACAGAGAAGGUGGAACUGAUCACGGACGUCGACCGAUGCCGCCAAGUCGUCGCCAGGCUGCUGAAAGAAAAGGUGGUGGCGUUGGCGGCGGAGGGUAUCAACAUCGGGAAGGAGGGCCCCGUCACGCUGCUCCAGAUAGCCACGUGCUCGGGACACGUGUUCGUGUUUGACGUGCUUGAGAACAGAGACCUAACGCACGCGGGCCGCCUCAGACACGUGCUGGAGGACAACAACGUGCUUAAGGUGGUGCAUGACUGCAGUCGUCUCAGCGCCGCCAUGGCCUACCAAUUUGCUACGGCACUGACCAACGUCUUUGAUACACAGAUCGGGCACCUAACAAUAGAGCGGCACCGCGGACGUCGGUUGCCGGCGGGACUUCCGGUGUCCGAGCUGUGCCUCCAGUACGCAGACGCCUCAAACCGCAUGUAUAUGUACGACUGGCGCACACAGGCUAAGAAAACUUGGAUGUCAAUGGUGGGCAACUUCUGGGCGAUGCGACCUUUGACACCGGAUAUGGUUGAGUUUGCUGCAUGUGACGUCAUAGUGCUCAUCCCUGACGUUUACAGACGACAAUCGGACUACAUCGACAAACAUGGGCUUAGGAAAGCGUUCAAAAUAGAGGUAGAAGAUUGGUUGCUUAUCGACAUAGAUGACGUCAUCCGAGAGAAGCACGGACGUCGCGUCAUCAGGGAGGUGACGUCAGUUCUGCAAGCGAUACACCGGAAAUAUGACGAUCGUGCAAGCGUUUUCAACAUUCUUGAAGAGGAUGAGAUACACGCCCUGGCGCUGACGACGUAUGAAGACGCGGCACAGGUUUCCGAAAGGGUCCGUCACCUUAAAAAGGCCUAUAUUUUAAAAGAAUUAGAUGACGUUGAAUUGAAACUCAGAACGGAAACAGAAUCCUGGGAAGACAAGGGCAACAUGUUGGAGUACCUACGUUAUCACCAGCAGCUUACAGACAAGGACAUCAGUAACAGGGCCAACCAGAUCUUCCAGCAGACCCUGCACGCGAUACUCGAGCACGUGGAAGAAAAAUACGGCGAGGAAUCAAGCACCAAUAUGCUGACUUUGGCGGAGAGGGACGGCCUUCUGACUUUACCGUACAAGGAUAUCGCGGAAGGCCGGUGUGGGUCGGUCACUUCCGGUCUGUACUGGCGGCUCAUGGAAGAGGAGAUCCAUGGCAUGAUCAAUUGUCUGAGAUUUUCUCCGAAUCAGUUUACGCUGACGGAGGACGAAUACGCCAAGAUCGCGUAUUUUACUACUGACGCUUGUGGUUCGGUACCGGAAAGUGUUGUUGCUCUGGCAACGGGACUCGUACAUUCCCUGCGUGCUUUCAAUGCGGCAACAGGAGGUUAUACCAUUGACAAACGCAGAUGUAAAAGUGCGAUAUAAUUCAAUACAAACUUGGAUGUGGAAAUGAAGUGGUGCAUUUUUAUCUGUUGCGUUAAAUACGAUGUGAACGUAUAGUUGCAAUGACGUUUUUUAUGCAUGGUUUGCAAAAAUAUACACAGCUACACUGUC